UUCGUGACCCGACUGUCAUUGGACGUGUUUUUUUUCUACUAACUUGACUAGGUUAAUUGUGCUCUCGACCUGUUCUUGGUGUUCUUGGUUCAGAAGAGGCCUUGCUUGCUUGCUGGAAAUAGUGCCGUUUGUCGAGUUCAAGUCCUCAGACUAAGCCCGUAACCCGUAAUUACAGCUAAUGAAGAAGUCUGCAUAUUUCGGACGACUCUGGCAAGCAGUGACAGACGGAAGCAAUGUGAUUUCCUGUGGUAGAACAGUGUGUUGUAGGUGUCACUCUAGCAAGGCUUACUAGAAGAGAACCGUCGACCGAGCGUUUGCUGGAGUGAUUAGUUUGUCUAAUGAAAACAUAUCCGCACUGGCGGCACUCGAAUCCAUCACAACCGUCAGGAUUAGUGUUAUUGAGUUGAGUGGGCAAUGUGAGCAAAGGUGCUCCAACAACGGUCGGUUCUUGGUGACAGGAGACUCCACUCCUGAAAGACGGCGACUACCGUCUCGACUCGAGACGAAUAAUUUGUACAGAAGAAGGAAAAUAAUCGUGGAAAAAGUUAACUCCCACUGGGGAUGCACAGAAGAGUGGCUGUGAGAGUGAAUCAACUUUUGCAGCGUUUUAACUGAACUCUGCUGGAGUUGGGCAGCACUAGGGUUUUGUGGGGGAAGUAAUCGGUUGGCAGUGGGUAGCAGAAAAAAACAUGGAUUAAUUUAAUACCCAUCACGUCGUCUCGAGAAUCGAACGCGGGUGGCAGUGAAAUGCGGCCGGAAUGUGACUGGCCGGAAAUAAAGCAGGAAAGGAAUGUGGAACAGAGUUGAAAUCAAUUCGCUUUCAGGACGAUUCGUGUGAAGUGCUUUCCACUCAUAUUGAUACCGCCGAAGUGUUGCGCAAAAAAUGUUGGUGAAGCUCGUGAUUGGAGGAUUCUUCCGGAUAGCGAUGCUGACGGGCAUCUUUCCACUGCAUCUGCGCCACGUUCGAAUUCCAUCCUACAAAUUCCGCGGUGAGUCCGCCCUGCUCGAGUGUCAGUACGAGCUGGCCAACGGGAAUCAGUAUUUCCGGGAUCGACCGGAUUAUCGUGGAUCCCGCACACAUUCGACUAACGAUGACUACUACAAUGACAGCGAUGGCGUAGGGGCUAGAUCCGGAACGGGAAAUGGCGCUUACGGAGAGAAGAUCUACUCGGUUAAGUGGUACAAGGACAACGAAGAAUUCUACCGGUACGUUCCGUCGGCGAAUCCGCCGAUCAAAAGCUACAAAAUUGAUGGUAUUCGGGUCGAUCCCAACCAUUCGGACAACACGAAAGUGCUGCUGCGAGCACUAACACUAAAAUCUUCCGGCCUGUACCGAUGUGAAAUAUCGGCGGAAGCACCCAGUUUUGAUUCAGUCCAGGGCGAAGGACGAAUGGAUGUGAUAUACAUUCCAAAGGACGGCCCACACAUCAACGGUGAUGUCGAUCGCCACUCCUACAGCAUGGGAGAAACGCUGGAACUCAACUGCACAUCCGGUCGGUCCUAUCCGGCAUCCACCUUGCAGUGGUACCUCAACGAUCAACUGGUCACCGAUCCGGGCAUGUUGGUUCCGUACCCGCGCUUUCAGAAUGCCCACGGUCUGAUCAUCAGCUAUCUGGGGCUGAAUGUGGUGGUUGGACCUCAUCACUAUGAAAACGGCAUACUGAGAAUCAAAUGCGUGGCCAGUCUGUCACCGGUGCUGUGGCGUGAGGGCAAAGAAAGUAUACUGCAGUGGGAACAACCCACCAUCGACAAUCGGGAAGCGAUGCUGCUCGUAAGAAGUGGCACCAACGCGCAUCGAUCGAGCAGCUGCUUGCUUCUACUCGCUGGCUUAGCGGUAGGUUUGUUAGCGUAUUUGUUAUGAAGUAGAGAAUUUUCCGUUGUCGUCUGAAAAGGGCAUUUCGAAUGUGAUUUAUUUUUGCGAGCUUACCCUUUGUUAUAUAUAUAUUUGCAGUGAUCAAUAGUUGCUUUUUGUGAGAUACAAAAAUAUAGACAGAAAGAGAUGAUACAUUUUAGCAGUUUUAGAGUAAUGUAGUGUAAAUAGUAAGACAUUCAAAAUUACACAGCAGUGUGCAAAACUAAAGUGACGUUUGUAAAUAGUACGGAAGUGGUAAAAAGAGACGAAAAAGAUUUUUUAG